AAAUUAUUUUAUUAAUCUUGGUCGAUGAAAGACUAUGUUCAUUGUUAAUUAUGUGAUGAAUUAAAAUAUGUGUUCAUGAAGUUAAGAAAUUUAUUAAUAAUUUCGAACUAGUUUUACAAUGUCUUAAAUUUAGUACUGUGAGAACCAUAAAAUUUUGGGAUAGAGAGACUGUUCGACUCAGUUUUGAUAAGUCUAGUGGGUAUUAUUCCUAUCCAUCUAUAUCUUCCUUGAUAAAUGUCUAAUGAGUAUUAUUCCUAUUCCAUUUAUACCUUCCUUGAUUAAUGUCUAGUGGGUAUUAUUCCAUCUAUAUUCUCCCUGAUUAAUGUCUAGUGAGUAUUAUUCCUAUUCCAUCUAUACCUUCCUUGAUUAAUGUCUAGUGAGUAAUAUUCCUAUCCAUCUAUAUCUUCCUUGAUAAAUGUCUAAUGAGAAUUAUUCCUAUUCCAUUUAUACCUUCCUUGUUAAAUGUCUAUAGUGAGUAUAAUAUUCCUAUUCCAUCUAAAUCCUCCCUGAUUAAUGUCUAGUUAGUGUUAUUCCUAUUCCAUCUAUACCUUCCUAGAUAAAUGUCUAGUGAGUAUUAUUCCUUUUCCAUCUAUACCUUCCUUGAUAAAUGUCUAGUGAGAGUUAUUCCUUUUCCAUCUAUAUCUUCUUGAUAAAUGUCUAAUGAGUAUUAUUACUAUUCCAUCUAUACCUACCUUGAUAAAUGUCUAUAGUGAGUAUAAUAUUCCUAUUCCAUCUAAAUCCUCCCUGAUUAAUGUCUAGUUAGUAUUAUUCCUAUUCCCUCAAUAUCCUACCUGAUAAAUGUCUAGUGAGUAUUAUUUCUAUAGCAUUUAUACCUUCCUUGAUUAAUGUCUAGUGAGUAAUAUUCCUAUUCCAUCUAUACCUUCCUUGAUAAAUGUCUCAUGAGUAUUAUUCCUAUUCCAUCUACACCUUCCCUGAUUAAUGUCUAGUGGGUAUUAUUCCUAUUCCAUCUAUAUCUUCCUUGAUAAAUGUCUAAUGAGUAUUAUUCCUAUUCCAUCUAUGCCUACCUUGUUAAAUGUCUAUAGUGAGUAUAAUAUUCCUAUUCCAUCUAAAUUCUCCCUGAUUAAUGUCUAGUUAGUAUUAUUCCUAUUCCCUCAAUAUCCUACCUGAGAAAUGUCUAGUUAGUAUUAUUCCUAUUCAAUAUAUACCUUCCUUGAUAAAUGUCUAGUGGGUUAUAUUUGUAACCUUCCCUGAUUAAUACGUUCAUUAACCUUCCUCAAAUAAUGUCUGCAAGUAUGUUCCUAGAGCGUAUAUUUGCUCUCUACCUCUCUCAGUGUCUAGCCGCCAUAAAACAAAGAGGAGAUAAAUCUAAACAGAACUUCACAGAAUCUAAGAUGAGUGGAUCGGUGGCAGUAGUAAACGAUCAAAACCGUUAUAUUUUUGGUAUAACUGGUACUGUUAAAGAAAUAAUAUAUCCUAGCAAAGCUAUUCUUGGCUUCAAAUACAACGGGAAGGAGGAGAAAGCCAUUUUACUAGUUCACAAGUUCCUAAUUGACGGCUGUAACGUCGAUGAACAGAAACUUAUGAGUGAUCUACUUAAAAUCGGCGACGUUCUGGAGUUUGACGGCCAUAUUUACGACAAGGGGGGCCAGGGUGCUGGCAAAGAUCGGUGUAAUUACUACGCUAUGAGGGCCUGGAAGGCGAGCCAAUCUAAACUUGUUUCUAAACAACAAAUGUUGACAAAUAAAGCUGCCCGGCCUCCGGUAAUUGUCGGCACUGGGUUCAUUUCAGAAGUCUUUCCAAGGAAGGGAGUAUUAACCUUUGAUAAAGACGGACACGAAGAGCGUGUUCUAUUUCUUGCAAGUAAAUUUUAUCUUUUCGAGAAACGUCUCGGGACAAAACAAGCUUUAGACCAGAUCGUGACUGAUGGAGACCCAGUACAAUUUGAAGCUGUUCCCCAGGAUUCUACAGAUAAUCCACACUUUUGCUCUUGGUUCGCCAGCUUAGUCUGGAAAGGUAAAAAACCGUUUGAAGAAAACGGUACCAAUGUAACUAGUGGAGCUAGUGGUAGACGAGGCUCUAUUGGAUCCACAGGUAAAAGANGGGGGGGGGGCAUAGUUUAA